CACACAUCGCAGCGCAUAAAUUUUAUUUCUCGUUUUCCCGACGCAAGGCAAUGUCGAGACAAGUGACUCCGGAGAAAAGCGUUUAUCUCGUUUGGUUGAGCGUGGCCAUCACCUUUUGCUGGCCCCUACCCGCCAACACCGCGAGAAAAAAGAUCGUGGGGAUGAAAGUUUUACUAAUCGCCUCGAUUAUCAACGGUUGCGUCGUAAUACUGGCCAUGUUUUACUGGAUCCGUUUGCACUUGGACGAUAUCAUCUCCCUUUUCAAAUGCGUCUGCGUGGUUCUGUGUCUCCUUCAAUACGUCGUACAGACCAUCGUCUGCUUCGUGAAAUAUGACACGCUGCAACGCGUGGUCGACGAGAUGAUGGGGUGCAUCAACGAGGCGAAAACGGACGAGAUUUUGCGCGCGUACGCGUCGAGAUGCAACACUUUGUACGGGAUGUCCUUACUGUCGAUAUACAUUUGCGGGACGAGUUUUGUAUUCACGCCCCUGUUCCUGCCCAAUCCUUUCCCCUUCGAGACGGAAUACCCGUUCGACGUGAACACAACCUCGAGAAGUUUCAUCAUAUACGCGAGCCAUGUCCUCGCCAUCUUUCAAAGCACCGGCCAUAUGUGCCUGUGCACGUUCGGCGCCGUCCUCCUCUGGUUCACGGCCGCGAGAUUCGAGUGUUUGAUCGGGGAGCUGCGAAGCGUAACCAGCAUUGACGCGCUGGUCGUUUGCCUUAAGAAACACUCGCGCUUGAAGAGAUACGCGGAAGAAGUGGUGAGCUGUAUUCGUUUCCUAGUGUUUCACGCGAUACUGUUAGGCACGUUUGUUUUGACUCUGUGCGGAAUCGUGCUGAUCAUAAAUUCGCCGUUGAUCGUGAAAGCGCAGUUUAUAAUCAUAUGCGUGUGUAUCCUCCUGGAAAUUUAUUUGUACGCGUUGCCGGCUGAUUACAUGUACGACAUGAGCAUGAACAUUUCUCGAAGCGUGUACGACUCGAUGUGGUACGAGCAAAAGUUGGACUUGCAAAAAGCUCUGUUGACCGUGUUGGCGUUUCAAAAACCGAUACCCGUCUCGAUUAACGUUCUAUUGCCAGAACUCACUAUACGGUAUUACUGUUCAUACGUGUCGAACGCCCUGUCCAUCUUCGCAGCCCUGCGUACCGUGGUGGAUGAUAGUUGAACCAUUUGAAAAUUUUUGUAAUAUUGUAAGAAUUGUAAGAAUUGUAGAUAAAACGAGACUUUACAAGUAAACAUUAUUAAUAUAUUCGUGGAAUAUCUUUCGAGAGAAUCGAUUUUUUAGAAGAACGAAUAGAAAAUUGAUGUACAUAAAAUACAUUGAAUUAUAUCGAGUUAUGAACCAGUGAUUCUCAACCUUUUUUCAUAACUUUUAAUAAUUUGAUUAAAUUUGGCGGCACACUAAAUUAAAAGAAUUUUAUUUUUCAGAAGAACGAAUAGAAAAUUGAUAUAUUGAAUUAUAUCGAGUUAUGAACCAGUGAUUCUCAACCUUUUUUCAUAACUUUUAAUAAUUUGAUUAAAUUUGGCGGCACACUAAUAAGAUAAAUUAAUAGAAUUUUAUUUGAUAGCUAUAAUAUAUCUUGUAAAAUUAGCAUAUGUAUGGCCAGGCCCGUAGUCAGGAUUCUUUUUAUGAAGGGGCUAAUUUUAUACAUAUAAGAAAAAUAAAUUAUCACAGCACAUCCUGUAAAAUGUUGCUACCUUUUCAAAUGAUCAAAUAAAUAUUUGGACUGAACUUAUCGAUUGAUAAAGAAAUGUAAUAAAUAAAUAAAUAAAUAAUUUUUAUUUCGGAAGGACAGUGUUGAGAGUCACUGAUAAACAAUAUAAAUUAAAGCGAGAGAAUUCAUAAUUUUUUGCUGAUGAUUCUUUUCCUUUUUAAUCUCUGAGAAUCAAUCCCUCAAAGAUGUUCCAAUAAAUAAAUAUUACCCUGUUGUACAAAUUGUCGAAUAUUAAAGAAAUCGUGGAUGAAUCAAGGUAGAUGGAAAAUGUGAUUUUAUUAUUAUUUAUAUCAGGUAAUAAUUUAAUUUAUAUUUAUUUUAAUUCAUACGAAACAGCAGCUUUGUCAGGACGCGUAGUACACGAGUUGUAAGCUACUUACAUUACGUAAAUCAACGAGGAUUUGAAGAAACAAGGGGAAUAUCAGAUCAAAAAUAAUUGUUAAGGUUUUAUAUACACGUAUUAAUCUAUUAUAAUGAAUGGAUUUAUUUAUUCGAGCAAUACGUAUGAAAUUAAAUUAAUUAUUGU